AUGUUUGUCCCACCAGCAGUGCACCAACCUGUGGAGUGUGGAGAGCGCGUGCGUGCCCAGCAAGUGCCUCCCAAGCGUGCCUUUCGAUCAACCUACUGUACUGUCCGACGCAGGACUGCUUGUGUGGCUUUGAUUGCCUACUUUGUUCUUGCCUACCUGCCUUGCCUACCUGCUUUACCUAGUCGUACGAAAUACUGCAGAAGUACUUACCGACAGUCUAUUGACUCGCAUCUUCAAUGGUUCACUUUGGCCAGUUCUCUCCAUCGGCGUCCCAAGAGAGCAUUCGUCUGGCACUCCGCACCAAUCUGUCGCCUCCUGUGUUUGGCUGCCUUGGAUUUGUAUGGGGGUGACGACUCUGACCGGAUGGCCUGCGGUGAGGGUGAUGUCUCGCCCGCCGUCCUCUCCUCUGACAUGACGACGGUUUGGAGUGUGGGUCCCUUCUCGUGGCCAUUGACCAAUGGCAGAUGGUGGUGGGCAGUUGGGCCGUGA